UUCUGGUUUGUCAAGAUGGACAAAUUAGAUGCGCUGCUAGGAGAGCCUAGCUCUGAUUUAGAAGCAUCUCUGAUCAGGAUACUGACUUUUGUCAUGUUUGUAUUUUCUCUCAUGGUACUUGCGGAAGGCAGCGAGGCUCCGUAUGGACGCUAUGCACGGCAAUAUAAAGGGGGCUGCAGCUACCCACUGAACGCAAGAGUAGGAUGGUUUGUUCAGGAGAUUCCUGCCUUUGUUAUGCCGAUCUUGUGCCUGCUGCUGGUGAAUGUCGAGACAUCCAAGGUUCAUAGUGGAUUGACCGUCAAUGGUGUUUUACUGGGCGGCUUGAUUGCUCACUACACUAACAGAUCACUUAUCUACCCGUGGCUGAUUCGGGGCAACUCACCAAUAACAUGCAUAACAUUCUCCUUUGCUAUUGUGAUUAAUGUGGUUAGUGGGUAUCUUCAUGGCAGAUAUCUCACCGCAUUUGCUACCUACUCUGAAGAAUGGCUCUACCACCCAUGCUUCAUCAGUGGAAUUGUCCUGUUCUUCAUUGGUAUGGCAGUCAACAUUCAUGCCGACCAUUUGUUGAGAAUGCUCAGAAAUCCGGGGGAAACAGGAUACAAGAUACCAAGAGGUGGCCUAUUUGAGUAUGUCUCUGCUGCCAAUUUCUUUGCCGAAAUCAUUGAAUGGCUUGGCUAUGGUCUGGCCAGUUGGUCUCUAGUUGGAUUGAUCUUGCCAUUACUAACAAUGUGCAACCUAUUACCAAGAGCAGUUCAUCAUCACAGGUAUUAUCAUGAUAAAUUCGAAGACUACCCGAAAGACAGGAAGGCUGUCAUUCCGUUCGUCUUGUAAACUGAGCGAACUUCUAAUUAGUCAAUAUGUCUUGUUCGAUUGCUAACCCAGCUGUGCACAUCUAAUUAGUCAAUAUGCCUUGUUCGAUUGCUAACCCAGCUGUGCAAUACAAACCUAUAAAACAUACUUGGUAAUUGCUGCCGUGUCAUUAGCCAA